AUGACUCGGAAUAAAUUUGCCCCUCUGAAGAACGAUAGGCUUCUACGAGCCGCUCGCGGCGAGAAAGUCGACCGACCACCAAUAUGGGUGAUGCGACAAGCUGGCCGCUACCUCCCUGAAUACCAUGAGGCCAAAGGCAAACACGACUUUUUCGAAUGCUGCCGGUCUCCAGAGAUCGCUUCUACCUUGACACUCCAGCCAAUCGAUCGAUUCGAUGGUCUUAUCGACGCCGCAAUCAUCUUCUCCGACAUCCUAGUGGUACCGCAGGCUCUGGGUAUGGAAGUCAAGAUGGUGGAUGGCAUCGGGCCCAAAUUCCCCAAUCCUCUGCGAUCACCUUCCGACCAACAGUAUCAAGACAUUGUCAAACGUGAAGUGGAUGUCGCAAAAGAGCUUGAUUAUGUAUACAAAGCCAUCACGUUGACACGAACCAAACUGGAGGGCAGAGUACCAUUGUUUGGGUUCUGUGGAGCUCCAUGGACUCUACUUUGCUACAUGGUCGAAGGUGGCGGUACGAAGAUGUUCAGGGAGGCCAAGACUUGGGUUUUCAAAUAUGGCAAGGAGAGCAAGGUUCUUUUGCAGAAGAUUGCCGAACUCUGUGUUGAGUAUCUCGCACUGCAGGUGGUUGCAGGAGCGCAGAUUAUUCAGGUUUUUGAUUCCUGGGCCGGAGAACUCUCCCCGGCUUCAUUUAAAGAAUUUGCCCUGCCAUAUCUGCGGUAUAUUUCAGAGCACUUGCCUAAACGCCUUCGUGAGUUGAACGAAGAUGUCGUUCCUAUGGUUGUCUUCGCCAAAGGUGCAUGGUAUGCUCUGGACGACUUGUCCGAUAGCGGCUACGAUGUUGUUGGGCUGGACUGGCUACACGAUCAAAGUGAGGCAGUCAAGAUAGCCAAGGGACGAGUCACCCUGCAAGGCAACGCUGAUCCUGGAGUCCUUUAUGGGAGCCACGAGUCAAUCACAUCAGUCGUUGAACAGAUGGUCAAGGGAUUUGGUGGUGGCAAAGAACGUUGGAUCGUCAACCUCGGACACGGCAUCACGCCAGGAGUCAAUCCGGAUGAUCUGAAAUUCUUUUUCCAGGAAAUACACAGACUGACAGCUUGA